AUGCUUUCCCUGGACCCCCAGUCGAUGACUGGCCGUCGCGCUGUCGUCACCCGCUCACUUCCCUCCCCGGAGCAGGGCAUAUCGCGAACCCGUAAAGAAAGCACAGCGUCAGCAACACGGAACCGGGCGUCUUCCCUCAACACGAUAACAAAGCGCAGAUCGGUCACCAGCAUGCGAGGGCUUAUGCCGCUCGCACUGUCCCCAGCUGGCUCGGCAGCAUCUAGCCCGUCAACACCAGGAGAGCAGAUCGGAAUCAUGGUGGACGACUACUUUCCAGAGAUACUCGCCAAAGAUCUUCAGCGAUCAAACUCGACGUCCGGACAUCGACCCACCAGGCGUGAGCUCCCCCGUACGGCAAGCCCUGCCAGUGACUGUGGUCCUGCUUCGGCCAUGUCUGGAGCCCAUCGCUCUAUCAGUUCGCCUUACCACGGCGUCUCUGGAUCGAGGCGAUGCCUCGGGCUCAUUCAGGAGCGUAACUCUGUCGUAUCCUUCCUCGAGCAACAAAAUCACCAUCACCACCACCUGUAUCACCAACGCUCCGCUUUCGACGAGGACUCGAGCGACGAGGACUCUUUUACUGAUUUUUCCGCAUCACAAGACGCUGUCAUCCGCGCCAUGAGCUUCCGGGAGCAGUCCAUCAUCACAGCUGCCACGUCGUUGGCCUCCUCGACCUGGGCGCCGUCUCCGAGCACGCAUCCAUGCCACAUGGUCAGAGGACACAGUUGGAUUGAAGCGGACUCGGAGGACGAAGGUGUACCAGUCGACCACACAAACGAGGAGCACAUGCCCGGUCUCUCGCCAAGGCCACCUACGCCGCCAGCUUCCAACAGCAGUGCUGGCUCGACGGCAGAGAUGGCUGAUAUAGCUCGCAGAGCUCCACCAGGCAAAGGACACCGGAAAUCGUACUCCAUUGGUGGUUUAUCCACACCACGCCGAAGGCCCUCUGCUCGUCUGCCGGAUGAAUCACACAGAGCCGGUACUUCAUCACCUGCCCCUGACGUCCCUCGACAACCAACCCAGUCUCGCUCGAAAUCGACGUCCCCUGCAAUCCAUCGACAGCGAGCGUCCAGCUUGCAGACGAGUCGCCAUGAUGGCUUCACAGCUCCUGUUCAGCACUCGCGACACAAGGGCGCGAUCGCUGCGUCACCUCCAGAUUAUCACUUCUUCAAUCGGCCCAUCCAUGCCGAGGAGGACGAUGACUUGUUCAGUGGCGAGGAUGCUCCACGACCGAAACGCAGCCGUACUACCAACACAGUCUUCAUCCGCCCGUCGCCUCCCCCAUCUCCUCUCCCCAGCGUGCAAUCAUGGCUCAACGGGAGCACACAGGCCUACACUGCACAACCCCCAGGCGACGAUUUACCAAAGGCUGUUCCCCUACCACCCAACGUCGUGGAAACCCUGAGAGUAUCCAUUGCAUGUUUUCCAGAGACAAUGCUCCUCACUGACAGUCUCACCGUGGAAACUAUCCGCAACUACGCCAAAAAGGUUCGACAGCCCAGCAACGACGCCCUACUCAGCAACCUACAACCCGACUCACCCAGCGGAACGCCUCGCAAGUCGCUUUGGAAACGAGCCAUGUCAUACAAGCGCUCCGCGGCAACGCAGCUCCACCAGAAUCCGCGAUCAUCCAUCUCGGGCGGCGGAACUCUCAAAUCACCCAGCACAGCAACCCUCGAGAACCACGCGCCCAAGACCUGGGCGCCCCUGAAACGCGUAUUCGGCUGCUGCUCUGACUACAUACUCGAUGCGCUGUGGGCACACAUUGUCGCCUACAACUGCAUCUCAGCCCUUGUGCCCCCUCUCCCCGCGGGUCGCGCACAGAACCGCCUCAGCAGGCCGCCCACGUCUCAUGACAAGGAGGAGAUCCCCAAGAAGGCCGCCUCCCUCCUCGGGCUCGCCGCUUCUCCGGACAACUUUACGCGAAAGCUGACGUCGCAACUGCCUUGGGGUCUCAACAAAGAGACCAUGGUGACGGAGCAGUCUGCCAAGGCGAUCAGCUACGAUAAUACCGCGAGAGAUAUACAAACCGGUCUCAUGAGGUGCAUCAUGCGCCUGAUCGCGACGGCGAGACUCAUGUCUGAGCAUGGAUCUACGGAAGACAGAUCCGUGGAGGUGGAAACGAGUAAUGUGGACGUGCUGUUUACGAGAUCACUCUGCGAGAUUGUGCGCAUAGCCGAGGAUAACGCAUGA